CCUUUCUCCCUCUCAGAACCUUCCUGUCGCCGUGUUCGGACCUCGCUGCUCCAGCCUCCGGGGCUCCCAGCCUGAGAUCGGCCACAGGGAAAAAAAAAAUCACUUAGUUUCUUGCCCCGUUUACACCUUGAGGCGAGCACAUUCAAAUCAAUUCCAACCAUGAGGGAAAUUGUGCAUAUCCAGGCCGGUCAAUGUGGCAACCAGAUCGGUGCCAAGUUCUGGGAAGUGAUCAGCGAUGAACACGGCAUCGACCCCACCGGCACCUACCAUGGCGACAGCGACUUGCAGCUGGACCGCAUCUCCGUGUACUACAAUGAAGCCACAGGUGGCAAAUAUGUUCCUCGUGCUAUCUUGGUGGAUUUGGAACCUGGGACCAUGGAUUCUGUUCGUUCAGGUCCUUUUGGCCAGAUUUUCAGACCAGACAACUUUGUUUUUGGUCAAUCUGGAGCAGGCAACAAUUGGGCCAAAGGCCACUAUACAGAGGGGGCUGAGUUGGUUGACUCAGUGCUAGAUGUGGUACGGAAAGAGGCCGAGAGCUGUGACUGCCUGCAGGGCUUCCAGCUUACCCACUCACUGGGUGGAGGCACAGGCUCUGGAAUGGGCACCCUGCUCAUCAGCAAGAUCCGUGAAGAAUAUCCCGACCGAAUCAUGAAUACCUUCAGUGUGGUGCCCUCGCCCAAAGUGUCCGACACAGUGGUCGAGCCCUACAAUGCCACCCUCUCGGUCCAUCAGUUAGUAGAGAACACCGAUGAGACCUACUGCAUCGACAACGAGGCGCUGUACGACAUCUGUUUCCGCACCCUGAAGCUGACGACGCCCACUUACGGGGACCUGAACCAUCUGGUCUCGGCUACCAUGAGUGGUGUCACUACCUGUCUCCGCUUCCCUGGCCAGCUCAAUGCUGAUCUCCGCAAGCUGGCGGUCAACAUGGUGCCCUUCCCACGUCUCCACUUCUUCAUGCCUGGCUUUGCCCCUCUCACCAGCCGCGGCAGCCAGCAGUAUCGGGCCCUCACAGUGCCUGAACUCACCCAGCAGGUCUUUGAUGCCAAGAACAUGAUGGCUGCCUGUGACCCGCGCCACGGCCGGUACCUCACCGUGGCUGCUGUGUUCCGCGGGCGAAUGUCCAUGAAGGAGGUCGAUGAGCAGAUGCUGAACGUGCAGAACAAGAACAGCAGCUACUUCGUGGAAUGGAUCCCCAACAAUGUCAAGACCGCCGUGUGCGACAUCCCGCCCCGUGGCCUCAAGAUGGCAGUCACCUUCAUCGGCAAUAGCACAGCCAUCCAGGAGCUCUUCAAGCGCAUCUCAGAGCAGUUCACUGCCAUGUUCCGCCGAAAGGCCUUCCUCCACUGGUACACCGGUGAGGGCAUGGACGAGAUGGAGUUCACCGAGGCUGAAAGCAACAUGAACGACCUGGUCUCCGAGUACCAGCAGUACCAGGAUGCCACCGCAGAAGAGGAGGAGGAUUUCGGAGAGGAGGCUGAAGAGGAGGCGUAAAGGCAGAGCCCGGCACCCCAGGCUUCUCAUUCUCAGUUCCCUCAGCUUUUCAACUACCCUGUUCCUGUCCCUCAGAUUUUGCUUCUACUGCUUCCAUCCCUUUAUUUUUGUUUAUUUCUCUAGGGGGGAGUUCUAACGGUGCCUGGCACAUGAGAAGGCGCUCAAUAAAUUCUUGUUCGUUGAA